UUGAGGGCUACAGUCGGACCAGUUCCUGUCAUUCCUGUCUUUGUCCUCUAUGCCUUCAAACUAUGAAGGGUCUGGGUUAAUACCCCCACCAACACGGGCUGUCUGCGGUCAUGCCUUUCCUGGUAUAAUGGACUUUAGCCCCUCAAAUCAAGAGCCAAAACAAAUCCUUUCUCCCUUACAUGACAUUUGAUGGGUACACUGCUACAGCGACCAGAAAAGUAGCUGUUUUGCUGGAUUCUCCCACCAGAACUGCAUCAAGGGAGGAACCUGCCCGUGUUCUUUGUCUGAGGACCCAGUGUAGGAAAAACGACGAUGGGGACACUGCUGUCGUCACUGUUGAAAAGGACCAUUUCAUGGAUGAUUUCUUCCAUCAGGUGGAGGAGAUUCGAAGCAGCAUAGCCAGGAUUGCUCAACACGUGGAAGAUGUAAAGAAGAACCACAGCAUCAUCCUUUCUGCCCCAAACCCAGAAGGAAAAAUAAAAGAAGAUCUUGAAGACCUGAACAAAGAGAUCAAGAAAACCGCUAACUGGAUCCGAGGCAAGCUGAAGUCUAUUGAGCAGAGUUGUGAUCAGGACGAGAGUGGGAACCGAACGUCAGUGGACCUGCGGAUACGAAGGACCCAGCACUCGGUGCUAUCACGGAAGUUUGUGGACGUCAUGACAGAAUACAACGAAGCGCAGAUCCUGUUUCGGGAGCGAAGCAAAGGCCGCAUCCAGCGCCAGCUAGAGAUCACUGGGAGGACCACCACUGACGACGAGCUGGAGGAGAUGCUGGAGAGCGGGAAGCCGUCCAUCUUCAUCUCGGAUAUUAUAUCGGAUUCACAGAUUACUAGGCAAGCUCUCAACGAGAUCGAGUCACGUCACAAAGACAUCAUGAAGCUGGAGACCAGCAUCCGAGAGCUGCACGAGAUGUUUAUGGAUAUGGCCAUGUUUGUGGAGACCCAGGGUGAGAUGGUCAACAACAUCGAGAGAAAUGUGAUGAAUGCUGCUGACUACGUCGAACAUGCCAAGGAAGAAACCAAGAAAGCCAUCAAAUAUCAGAGCAAAGCCAGGCGGAAAAAGUGGAUAAUUGCUGCUGUGGUGGUGGCUGUCAUUGCUGUCCUGGCUCUAAUCAUUGGCUUGUCGGUUGGCAAAUGAUUGCGUAGAUGGCGCUGGGUGCUUGCCUCUCCCUCAGGGUGGCAGUAAGUGACUAAUCAACUAAUUUACUUAUUAACCUUUUCAAUCAGCCAGUAGUGUGUGUGCCCAGUGUUAAUAUACUUAAAAGUCACGGGGCUUGUUCGCUGAGUGCUCAGUUCAGGUCUUAGUGGCCUCUGUCUGCUGAGGUGACACAGGCUGGGAGGCCACUGCCCCCAGAGCCUGUCCCCAGUGAAAACCAAUGCAGAUGCUGCAGUGUAGUUCUGGUGUAACUUCUAGAACAGCAGCAACAAUGAAAAUGACUGUAAAAUGCCCUUCACUGCUCAGGUCACCAUGGAACUGAGAGUGGAGCUUAAGUUAUGGACAGCAGCCCAGCCCAGACCCCUCUCAGGCCCCGACGUGCCAGCAGACCACGAGUGUCGCACAGUCACUGUGUGAAGUCUUAUCACUCAUGGGCCUUACCCCCCUGCAUCCUGGGGUCCCCCACUGCAGAGUCACCCUUGUGAACACUGGGCACUCAGGGGUGGUGCUUAAGAGUAAUUUUUCACAGUGGCAGAAAGGCUCUCCCACGCUCCAGUUCCUCACUGCCUCUCCCCCAUGUUUUUCUCGUGAUUUGAGCAUCUGUCGGGUAUGGAUGCCAUUGGUAGGAGCAGUGCCCUUGUGGUCAGUGCAGACCGUGAGGUUGCACAGAAAGCAUCCUUCCUGGGAUGAGAAGGACUUGCAGCCCCAUGUCUGUUGGAAAGGAGGGUUAUAUAUCUUUCCUGAUGCCAUCUUCUUAGUCUACUGAAAAAGAUGACAUUAGUUUUUCUAUGCUAAAAAAUGAGUAUUUUCAGCAGACUUUGUAGAACCAUGCACUUUCCCCCUAGAGCACAAUGAGGUCAGUCGGAUAUGUUCACAAAGGUCCGACAGUGGCUCUCAGCACAGUCAGGGAAGUGCUUGCUUUCUGUGGGUACCCAUGGGCUCUUAUGUUAGGACCUGGAAAUCAGGUGUGAUCCUCUGCCAGGGCUAGCUGCACAUUUGCUGUCAUGCCUGCAGAUAAAACACACAUGCACGCUCAUUCAUUCAUUUAUAAAUCGAUACCAGACAGCUGGGCCCUGUCGAGAAAGGUUCCCUCCUCUCUCACCUAGAGCAUGUUUCCCAAUGAUAGACAAUUGUUUUAGGCUGCCGAGUCCCAGCAGGCUACUUUCUCUGCAUUGUAGAUUCCUGUCUCUUCUCUUGCAGAAGGUGAUGUUCAUCCUCAUUUGUGUAGUCACUUUGCUUGUGAUCCUUGGAAUUAUCCUAGCAGCAGCAUUGUCAUAGCAACCACACCCCAAGAGCUCUUUGUCCUCAGAGACUCCGACCACACCUGCAGCAGAGUCAGUGUCCUGUCCUUCCACCCCUGGCUCUCAGACCCAGGGCUAGUGCCGCAUGCUGAGGUUCUUAUUGGAGGCGAAGAAUAAAGCACCACAGAGGUUUCAGGCCACGAAAAUGCCACGAGCUGAGUGGACGCCAUGUGCCAGCCCAGAUAGCCUUGGUCUCUGAAGGGCUCCACAGAGAUUUCACAAUGGUGGCCUUGUCUCAUUAGCCGUAAAAUAGGAAUGAAUGAAAAAUCCAACUUUAAAAAAAAAGAUGUCAGUGUUAAAAAUGUGUGUGCAGUUUAAUUAGGGCGUGCUCUGUGCUCUCUCAGCUGACAGAUAAUGAAGAGACUUUGCACCGGGCCUGAUUUCUGUUCAUGUCUUGCUUGCAGAAUCAUCACAGAACUGUUUUGUAAGAUAUCUGUAAUUUUAAAUAGUUAUAAAUUAAAUUCCUUAAUAUAUUAACAUCAACCCCCCCCCCCCUUUUCUAAGCUAGACACUGCCUGAGAAGGACAACGGGCAGGCCCUAGGCACAGGCUGCUGCUGUCACUGAAACCUGGCCUUGCAGCCCUCAGUGCUUUCUGGUGACCCUGACCUAGGAAGUGUAAGGUUCAGAAAAGUCUUGAUUGCCAUUAGCUCACUUCUACCUGCUUCACUAUGGAGGGGACACAGCCGUGCGCUGUGCUCACGUCACCCUUUCCCCGUUCACUGGUGCUGGUGGAGUCUCAAGGCAAGACGAUGGUGGAGCCAGGUGCUCACUGACCUCACAGGAGUCCCAGUUGCGAAGCCAUUCUUGGACAGCACCUGAAGAACCAGAUUCUCAGCUGCGCUCCCACUGGUGCCCAGAGUUCCUAGGAAACUGGAGAGAUGGGAUGAAGAUGCAGGCUGCUUUCCACUUGUGAGCAGGUGGCCCGGUGACUGCAUAUCUAUGUGCUAAUAGCUGACUGAGGAUGUGAAGGGCGCCAAGCCUAGCAAAUUCCGCCGACUGCUCUGCUGACUGUGUGUGUGCAAGCUCGCUCGGCCCCAGGCUCAUUUGGCUGGAUCUGAUGUAGCCAUGCUGAUUCGGAACAGCAGUCGCGAGAUAUACUGAGCUCUUUAGAAACUACCACCCUUACCGUGGCGAGUGUCACUCAUUUGCCUCCUCACACCUCCCAGCCUGACACCUCAGUGCCGAGAGCUACUGCAGGAGGCUGGCCUGCAGUGGAGACACUCCUGCCUGGAAGCUCCCAAAAGCUCUGAAGAUGGAGCUGUGUCUGUGGAGCUCCUGCCCUCUCUGCUCCAGUGCCAUUGGAUUUGGCUGCAGAGCACCAUGUGCCACCGAGGUUCCCAGCCCUCGUGGCAGGUUUCCUUCAGGUUUAGCCUGAGUCCUUGGCCUGCAGUGUGCUCCUCACUGGUGGCCUCCUGGCCAAGCGGGCGCCUGAAUCUGGCUUUCUUAGUGAAGCAGGGGUGUGUGGGUGAGUGAGUCAGCCCUCAGGAUAUAUUUCUAUGCUGACUUCGUAGCCUGUUUAAAAAUACAUUUACAGAUUGUCUUGUUACUUUUUCCAACAAUUUCUUCAAAAAUUUUGUGUUUACAUUAAAAAGUCAGAGAAACAAA